AUGGCUGCCUCAGAUCCCAGGCCUCGAUUCAACGUCCUCACGGCUACUACCCAGGACCUCCGCCAACUUCUUGAGGAAGGAACUAUAACCAGCCUAGAGAUUGUUAAAACCUACCUGGACCAUAUUUUUAGGCAUGACAAGGAUGGAGCCAAAUGUCGGGCUGUUCUGUAUACUCCGCAGCUUUUCCAACUCUUGGCCCGGGCUGCGGAGUUGGACUCUGAGCGCUCCAGGGGAAGCAUACGAGGUCCGCUCCAUGGCAUUCCUGUUCUCCUCAAGGAUUCGAUUGCUACCUCUGUUGAACUCGGAAUGCCUACCUCUGCUGGGUCCCAUGCUCUGCUGACCUCAAGUCCUUCCGGAAAUUCGGAUGUGGCUUCAGCCUUGCUUGAGUCUGGACUCAUUAUCCUCGGGAAGACGAAUAUGACCGAGCUCAUAGGGCAAAAAGGGCGUGCUGGAUGGUCUGCUGUAGGAGGAAUGUGCCAACCAGCGUAUAUUCCCAGCGGUUUCAAAUUGGGCGAGAAGCGGAGGGGAGAAACUACCCCUUCAGGAUCCUCGACGGGCUCCGCAGUUGGAGUAGCCUGUGGAUUUGCUCCAAUCGCUUUGGGUACCGAGACUACGGGAUCCAUCGUCUCUCCUGCCGCUGCCGCUGCACUUUAUGCCCUCAAGCUGACGCCGGGCUCAGUGUCACUCAAAGGCGUCCUCCACGUGACCGCCUGCUUCGACACCGUGGGCGCCAUGGGAAAGACACCGAAAGACGUCGCCUUGACCUGCGAUUCGUUUCGCCCUGAAGGCAAGAGUGGCCUUCUCGCCGACGCUACCGCUCAUGUCAAACCAGAAGAAAUUUCUGUCGGCUUCGUCGAUAUCGAACUGUGGCGACUACCAAAGGACUGCCAGGUGCAAGAUCCAAAGUAUUUUGAGCAGACGGCAGAGGAGUAUACUGAAGCCAAAGAAAGGCUUCGCAAGCAUGGGGCAAAAGUCGUAGAUGUAUACAUCACUCCGCCGGAGAAGUACAUAGUGGGUGACAUCAAUGUUGACGAGUUGAUGGAUGAUAUUAUCGAUCAUCAGGCAAAGAACGGUAUCGAUCGUUAUCUAAAUGACCUCAUAUAUUCGGACGUGCGAUCCCUAGACGACAUAGUAAGGUUCAACGAUGAGCAUAGCGACAUUGAAUUCGACAAAGACUUUUGCCCGAACCAAGACAAUCUUCGCCGCUUGGUUGAACUGGCACAGCCGGAUGAAGAAAUGCGGGCAUCACUGGAGCAAUGCAAGAAGUGGGCCGCCACUGAAGGUGUUGACAAAGCAGUCCGCGAGCAUGGUGUGCAUGUAGUCGUCUGCUGCUCAGAUAGUUUCUUUGCUGGAGUCUCAGUAGCAGCCCGAUAUCCAAUGGCGUCCGUACCCUUAGGCUAUAUCGAGAGCAGCGGCAGACCGUACGGACUGCAGGCUGUCGCACCGAAGGAUCAUGAGGACGCACUAGUCAAAUUCAUGGCAUUCUGGGAGUCCAUUUCUCCGCCACGACGUCUGCCUGACCUUGAGGCGUCCGCGUCGGCUCGGAGGUAUCUGUGA